GUGACCCACAAGUGCCGCGUGACACGUGAGCGACGUCCGUAGUGCCAACGGUGUGUGACGAAGUGCCGGGGGUAGCGACGACCACCGGUUUCCCACUGGCAGGACGCGACCCGUGCCCGUACCCCGCCCGGCACUCCCGUGCAGUGAAAGUGGAUGGCAGCCCAGUCAGCUGUUGAUACGUGACGUCACACCGUCGAGGCGGCGUGGACGCGACGCUGGCGUGGAUGGUUGGAACGGCGCUGGGGGCGACGGAGAGUCUGCUGUCCAGCACACCAUCUUCAAUCACUUACGCUUAUAGCUCAGAAGACUGCCACGGGUCUGUUGACAUCCGCGGACACCAGAAACAUGCCGUUUCUCCUCGCCGUUUAUCGCAAGCAACCGACAACGGCACACAACGCUAAGUGCAGCCGUGUCCCCUACCAUCUUCUCAAGGACGUUGGAGCCUCGGCGGACGUCUGAACCGUGCGGAACGCACCGUCGAAGGGCGCGCCAUCCGAGAUGUCGCGCUAUCGACUGCUGCAGCCCUCCGGCGAGCCGGCCAGCUCCGACAGCGAGGAUGAGCUGUGGCAGCCGGAGUCGUCCCUGCUGAAAAGGCCGCAGGAUGACGACGGCCCUGAAACGAAACACAAGUAUCCAAAGCCGGUAUUCUUUAUCAUCGGAAAUGAGUUCUGCGAGAGGUUCUCCUUCUAUGGCAUGAAAGCCAUCCUUACCAUCUACCUUCGCAAUGAACUCAACUACUCGGACGACUCGGCCACCGUGGUGUACCACACCUUCAACAUGUUCUGCUACUUCACGCCGAUCCUGGGCGCCAUCCUGGCUGACACGCUGCUCGGCAAGUUCAAGACGAUAUUCUACAUCUCCAUCAUCUACUGCCUGGGCAACAUCCUCCUCUCGAUGGCCGCCACACCACCGCUCUACUUCCCACAGACUGAGAUCAGCAUACUGGGUUUAGCGCUGAUUGCUCUCGGCACCGGAGGCAUCAAGCCGUGCGUGUCCGCGUUCGGCGGCGACCAGUUCAUCCUGCCGCAGCAGGAGCUCCAGCUGCAGCAGUUCUUCUCCAUCUUCUACUUCGCCAUCAACGCCGGCAGCCUGAUCUCGACCGUGCUUACGCCGAUCCUGCGGAACGACGUGCACUGCUUCGGCAGCGACAGCUGCUACCCGUUGGCGUUUGGCGUGCCGGCCGUCCUCAUGGUCGUCGCUCUAGUGCUGUUCCUGAUGGGCAAGCCCUGGUACAAGUGCACCCCUCCUCAGGGCAACGUCAUCGUCGAAGUGGGCCGAGUUAUCACGCAUGCCACCAGCCGCAAGAUCACGUCAUCCGAGAGCAGGAAACACUGGCUGGACCACGCCGACGACAGGUACAGCAAGAAGCUGAUCGCCGAUGUGAAGGCUGUGCUGAACGUCUUGUUCAUCUACAUCCCCAUCCCACUCUUCUGGGCCCUCUUCGACCAACAGGGGUCGCGCUGGACACUACAGGCCACUCAGAUGGACGGCGAGGUGGGCGGCUGGCUGGUGCUGCCCGACCAGCUCCAGGUGGUCAACCCGCUGCUCAUCUUGGCGCUCAUCCCCUGCUUCCAGACCAUCAUCUACCCAUUCAUGACCAAGUUGAACCUGCUUAAGCGGCCGCUGCAGAGGAUGGGCGUGGGAGGCAUGUUGGCGGUCAUCUCGUUCGUCAUCGCAGCCAUCGUCGAGAUGCAGCUGGAGAAAACGCACCCGGUGCUGCCCGGUGCAGGCCACUCACACCUGCGUGUCUUCAACACGCUGCCGUGUGACGUCACCGUGACGCCUACUUGGGGCGACGAGCCGCUGGUGCUGCCAUCCAUGGGCCUGCAUCGGUACGAGGUGUCGGCCGAGCAGCCCUGGCUCAGGGUCAACUACUCGGUGUCAGCGUGCCCCGAGGCGAAUCUGGGCGUGACACAAGGCAGCCAGCUGAUGCAGAUCGAAAACAUGAAGUCGUCCUCCGCUCUACUGGUCAACGCCAACGGAGCCAUCAAGCUGAUUCAGGCGGAUCCUAAUGAUGACCUCCACAAGGAUCUCAACAAGGGAUAUCCAAAACUGAGGAUACUGUACAGCCUGCCGGGCGUGCCGAGCAACAGCACCAUCCGUCUGUCUUCGGGACCAGAAAACAUGCCGGAAUACUCGACGACCUUCUCCGAGUUUGGAGGCACCGGCUACCAGUCCAUCUAUCCCGCCAAGUACAGCGUGUACCUGCCGCGGCACACCGGUAACGCCAGCGAUGACCCCGUGGUCACGGAUCUGCACCCGCGCCUCGGCGGCUCCUACACCCUGCUCGUGAUCCGGGACACUCAAGGGCACGAGUCACACAAGAUGUUCACGCUGACGGAGCCGAACUCGAUGCACAUGUUCUGGCUGAUCCCGCAGUACUUCAUCAUCACCGUUGGCGAGGUCAUGUUCUCCAUCACGGGAUUGGAGUUCUCGUUUACGCAGGCGCCUACCAACAUGAAGUCGGUGCUACAGGCCGCAUGGCUGUUGACAGUGUCUUUCGGCAACCUGCUGGAUGUCGUUAUCGUCGAGCUGAAGGUGUCCGACAAGCAGUCGCACGAGUUCCUGCUGUUUGCUGCACUCAUGUUCCUGGACAUGUUGCUGUUCUGCUUCAUGGCAUACCGCUACAAGUACGUGGAGGAUGAGGAGCAGGAGCGGCUGGAAGACGAGAAGCCGGAGCCGCUCGGACUCUCUAACACCGCUUACGAGGACGAGUCCACUACGCUAUAGAUGGCGCUGCUGGAACCACCAUGUAUAGGUAGCGCUGCUGCCGCUGCUAUAGAUGACGCUGGCGAGGCUGGCCCCGUCGGUUCCGUGCCAUGUCGAAGUUGCGCUGGCCCGCCGAGGGUGGAGCCACUGGUAGGUAGCGGUCCAGCUUGGACAUGUGCUUCAGCAGAGACUGCUCAGGCGCUCGCCACGGGCAAGUCACGUGAUUCUGCCGCCGCUGGAUCAGAACAGCUGUGCCACAGUCGGCAGCUGGUAUCGUACAUUGAGGGCUGGACUUGACGGAGCUCAAGAUGUACAGAUGGGUUAUGUCGAAAAUGAACGGACGCUGUGAUAUGCGUAUUUUCAACCGAAAAUGUCAGUUGGCCUGAUCAUGACCUUUCAAAUGAGAGCCUUCCGAUUACUUGCACGCGGAUGAUGUAGACUGCAUUGUGCCAGUGCCUGACAUCGAUGUCCACUCCCUAAAUUUCGAACUGCAAAGCCCAACACUUAAUCGGCCACAGCCUUUUAUUGCAGAGACGAUGCCAUGCAUAAUUGCUGCAGUUCAGAUGUGGGAAUGCAAAUGCGGGUGUUAUUUGUGUGGCAUGAAUGCUCAUUAGUUGUUGACCAAUCAGGUAGUGUGAUUGUAUUAUACAUACAAUGUACAUGGUGUGUGCCGUCUGAUAGCGUUUUGUUUGUGACUUCAGCCAGCUGUCUUACAAGGGUAGUGAGUGCUAUAAACAAUGAUAUAUACU